AACGCUUGGUCUCUGGAACACAUCACAUCCCAGCUGCUCGUGUUUGUGUCACAAACCGAUCUCAAGUCACCUCUAUGCGCCAGCCCCGCCCGCUAGUACCCCACGAACGCGUCCGGCCGCUGUGAAUGAUCGCCUGGAGUUCCAUCGCUGUUUUACUCCGCCGUAAGCCGGAAUGGGCUGCACAGCGUCGCGUGAAGUGGAAGCCAACAUGCUCGCAUCAGACCCACCCGCGAUGCGUCAGAGCGUGGACGAGCGCACCGAGGUCGAGCUUGUGCGCUCGGCCAUCGUCCCGAUUCAGACCAAGGACGGGUGUAGGGGAUACGAGACCAUCGAGUACUGGGCCCAGCCGAAGCCGGGGCUGGUGUACGCCACGGCUCCCGCACCGCCACCUUAUCCGCCCCGAAGUGUCGAUCCGCGCGCUCAUGCCUUCGCUGAAGGCGAGCCGUUCGCUUCCCUCGCUCAAGAAUUAGCGCGCCGAGCGAUGCGGUGGGCUGGGCAGCCGGCGCCUACCCACGUCUUCAUCCGGCUCAUGGACAGCGGGUCGGAGGGCAACGUCUCGGCUGACGUCCUGUUUCUCGUAAACAAUAAGCUGCGUUCGCCAUACCACAUCGAUCCGAGCGCGGAGAGGCAGCGGACGCUGCUCAAAGAACUCGCCACGCUCUGGCGCGCGAAGAUCACUCGUAAGGGAGCAGUCGGAAAGCACCAUCCUGGCGACAUCAUCAUCCAGGCCACUGCACUUAAGGCAGUGCCCUCCGUGAAGCUUGUGGGGUUGAGUUGGAGCUCGCACUCCUGCGACACACCGGGGCGGAGAGCGCUUUGGAUGGAGCAUUUCAUGAAUCAAGGCUUUGAGAACUUGAACCAAUCGACGCAUCCUGGACUCAGUGGCAGCCCCACUCCCACGACCACCAACAUCACAACGACCACUACCACACCAGCGGUCACCCGGCCUACGACAGUCACCUCGCUUACUAGUGUUGCAAGCACUUCUCGAGCAACGCCCGAGGCGUCUCCGGGCCUGAGAUCGGUGUCGGCACCGAACUCCCCUGCCCUGUCGUUUGUCGAUCCGAACAACCCAGACGCGAAGGUCCCCCCUCGCACGCAGCGAUGGCUGGAGAGCAUUGAACCAACUCUUCUCCGCAUGUUGCGCGACAUCCUUUCUUGGCCUCCGACGAAAGGCAGGGUACACCGGUUGUACAUCUGGCUCAUACACCUGCGCGGGCGCGGGCCCACUGUCUGCGUCGAUCUCAAGGACGGGUCGCGGGUGAUGAUUUCUGACUCGACACUCCCCACCCAUCCCGACCCUAGGGGGCUACGGUCCAAGGUGGCGGCACACUGGUCUGAUCUUUGUCGCGCCGGCGCACCCGGUGUCGAUCACCCCGCGUUCAUGCGGCUGGUUGGCACGCCGCGCGGGGCGGCGGUUUGCAGCCAGCUUGCGGCUGAAGGCAUCUGGCAGGAGUCUGCUUUGGACCACCUGUGCGCGCCAUUAUUGAGCGGUGCGUUCCCAGCCCCUCCACCGCAUUUUUCUCCGCAGCCGGAUUCUAGGCGUGGGGCGGCAUUCGCGACGAAAUUCCGACCGGUCGCGCACCAGAUGAUAGAGCUUGCGCGAAAGUGGCCGCCACGAGGCACACGGAUUCGCGAUAUCCGCAUUAUCUUCGGGGCCGAUCCUAUGCGCGGACUGGCGGGGUACACCCUAAUCACCGGUGUGUCAGACCAGGCGCUUGACAAGGGCCCAUCAGCUGCCGGCGAUCACCCGUACGUCUUGCAGGAAAGGGUGUUGCUGCUAUUCGCAGAGUAUUGGCGCAACGCAAAGGGCGAGGUCCCCGCCGCGAUUGUCGUUCAGGUUCAUCCCAGCAUGCCGGGGGUCGACAUACGGGCGAUGUGGGAGGAGGGCGAAGAGGCGCGGAGAGGAAUAGGUGUCACACUGCACUACUUGUGGCGCAUGUUUGAUGAUGUACGGCACUCCAUCCCCAGCAUGGGCGCAUUUGAUGCCCCUCCGCCCCCCGACACGAACGCGUACAUGUUUGUCCUGAGCAACCAGUUCCAACAACUGGCGAAGGCAUGUGUGCUCAGGGCUCUCGACUGGGCGGGCCCAGGGGCCGAAGCGGCGUGGGUCCGGCUCACGGAGAUUGAGGCCGACUUCGUAUCUGCGGACGUCCUGCUUCUGAUGGACGGACGCGUGACUUUACUGCACGAGUUCAACAACAAAACGACGGCACAGCAGCAAUUGCUUUUUAGCAUCGCCAAAGACUGGCAAGCACUCGCCGCAGGCGGCCCUGUCGGGAGCCAUCACCCGGGCGAUAUUGUCAUCAAAGGAUCCCUUUCGAACGACAACAAAGUCGCGGUCACCGUCCUUGGCGCCAGCUAG